UUGGCGCUCGAGCAGUGAGUUGAGCGACUCGUUUCCAUAGAUAAAAUCAGCGAUGAGGAUCCGGGUGGCGAGGUGGAUGCUAGGAGUGGGCCUCGCGCUACUCGCGAGUCCGGAGCUUCGGGUCGCAGGUCGCGGUGUCGCGAAGCUCGGUGAGGUUAUCACGGCCCAGCUGUCCGAUAAGCUCCUGGACCUUGAGACGGCAGCCUCGCACCAUAAGGGCCAUCAUAACGAGGAGGGCCACGGCGGGGAGUCGCACGAGGAUCAUCAUCACGAGCACGGUGACAAGGGCCACAAGGGAUACAAGAAUCAUCACGAGCAUCACAAGGGCGAGAAGGGCCAUCACGAUAAGGAGGGCCACCAUCACCAUUACGACGAGGAGGGCGGUCAUAAGAAGCACCACCAUCACGACGACGGAUACCAUCACGAGCAUCACAAGGGCGAGAAGGGCGAGAAGGGUCACAAGUUCCACGAGAAGGGCCACUUUGGUAAGGGCCACAGCACCAAGGGCCAUCACGAGGUCCACAAGCUCGACGAGUUCAAAAAGGACAAGGAAUUUUACGACGAGCACCACGAUCACGGCCACCACGAGGACCACGGGGGCCAUCACCACGAGCACCAUCACAAGAAGGGCGGGCACCACAAAAAGGGCCAUCACCAUAAGGGGCACCACGACGGUCAUCACGGGAAGAAGGGUCACCACGAGAAGGGACAUCACCAUCACGAUCACAAGGGGCACAAGAAGGAGGGCGGACAUCACGAGCACCACCAUCAUCAUCAAGGCUACGGUAAGAAGGGCGGCCACGAGGAUCAUAAACAUUGGCACCAUAAGAAGGGACAUUGAUCCGCACGAAUACUUCGCGGCCCUACAAGCUGUACUACUCUCGCUCAUCGACGUUGAGAAACAAUCUUUAUUGACUCUUGUGUUGAUAUUUUCUAAGCUUUAUACUACCAAU